CAAGAAGCUUCGAUUCCUUUUUCAAGUGCAAUUCUUGGUGAUUUCCAAUUUUUUCUUGAGCUCCUUUGAGUAGGCAAAAAUUGAAAGAAAAAAAUUAGUUUGAUGAUCAUGGGUAUCCAUCAAUCAUGCAGAAAUCCAUAAACAAAUGAUUGUGAAAAGAUAUUUUGUUUUACAAACUUAGGUUAUUUUCUUGUUUUUAGUAAUAUUCUUUUGUGGUUGUUGUGGUUUGCUUUAUUUUCUUGCCACUUCCCACAAGCAUAUAUUCUCUCUAUGUGAGACUCCAAAGUCCUUUCUCCUAGCUGUGUGGCUUAGGAAUGGAUGAUUAUGCUCUGCUAUACUUUGAUUCUCAUUGCUCAUAAAGGUGUGUGUGUGGGGGUGCUUUCAACACUUUCUUCAAGCAGCAAAAUGAGUCAUGCACAUUCUCAUAUGGGCUCUGUAAGCUUUCUUGCUUACAAUUUGAUGGAAUCCUAUGGAGUUCACAUCACAAUUGCAGGUAGUAGAACCACUCAAAAAGCUUUUGAGUUUGGGAAGACACAUGUAGUGAGGCCCAAAGGAAAACACCAAGCCACUAUAGUUUGGUUGCAUGGUCUUGGUGAUAAUGGAUUGAGCUCAUCUCAACUCCUUGAAUCCCUUCCGCUUCCAAAUAUAAAAUGGAUUUGCCCAACUGCUCCUACCCGUCCUGUGGCGAUACUUGGUGGCUUUUCCUGUACUGCAUGGUUUGAUAUGGGAGAACUUUCAGAAGAUGGUCCAGAUGAUUGGGAGGGUUUGGAUGCCUCAGCAGCACAUAUUGCUAACUUGUUGUCAACAGAGCCAACUGAUGUGAAAGUUGGUAUUGGAGGCUUCAGCAUGGGUGCAGCAAUAGCCCUAUACUCUGCAACUUGUUUUGCCAUGGGAAGGUAUGGAAAUGGCAUCCCAUACCCUGUUAACUUAAGAGCAGUUGUUGGAUUAAGUGGUUGGCUUCCCGGAUCAAGGAGCUUAAUGAACAAGAUAGAAGUGUCACAUGAAGCAAGAAAGCGAGCAGCUUCGUUGCCCAUUUUGUUGUGCCAUGGAAUUAGUGAUGAUGUAAUCCUUUGCAAAUACGGAGAAAAAUCUGUUCAAUCCUUGUGUUCAGCGGGGUUUCGGCAUGUUGUGUUCAAAUCCUAUGAUGGGCUUGGUCAUUACACAGUUCCUAAAGAGAUGGAUGAGGUUUGCACUUGGUUUAAUUUAAGGCUGGGGCUUGAGGGGUCCUCAUAAGUGACAUAAUUUGUAUCAGUCAGGGAAUGGUUGUAAAAGGUAUAUGGAACAACACUAGGGAAGGUGGGGAGACACAUAUGCACAAAUAGGUAGAUCAUGAAAAGGCUAAUGGGCAUGUAUGUAAUGUGUGUGUAUAUAUAUAUAUAAUUUAUUUUCUGGGUCGGUUUUUGUCAUGUUCUUCAACAAUAAAGAUCUACAUGUAUUUUCUAUGUAUUUUCCUCUUAUUAUUGUAGAGCCUAGGGACUGAAUUAGUUGUACUAUUUGAGAGAUUUUAGUUAUUAUUAUUCUAACAAAGCAAGGAUCUUUGCCUCCUUAUUUCUCAA